AUGAGUUUUUUAUAACCUAAGAAUAAAUUCUAAAAAUAAUUAGCUGACUAUUUGAAUGAAACUUCCUUCAAAAAAAUCAAGGAAUUCUCGGAUAUCAAAAAGAACAAAAAGCUACCUCUUCCAAUCAUCCAAGCUAUCAAACAAACUCCGGAUAUUUUUUCAUUACAAACUUAAGAUGAAGUAUAAAUUAAUUUAGAUGACUUCAAAUUUGAACCUUAAAAUAAACAAAAAACUUGGCAAACUUAAUUGAUAGAGGCAUAAUUAAAGGCAUAGCCCAUUUAUCACUAAAUUUAUGGAUAUUGCUUAGUUUAGUCUAAAUUCGAUUUACUAAUGGAAAGACUAUAACUUUUGAGAAAAUCAUUAUUUAAAAAGAAAAUGCCUAAAGAUGAUAUCCACAAAAUAGAAGAAUUCAUGCCAUUCUAUAUCCUUAGAAGAAUGGCCAUGUAAUUACCAACUGAUAUAUAUGAUAUGAAUUCUUUUUGCCAAGAUCGUUCAAUUGCUGAGGCCUUUCUGAAAGAAAUUAAAUACUUUUUGAAAUAGCAAAACAUAGAUAAAAGUUUGAUCUUUUAUCAUCCAAAAAUGUAUGAAUAAAGUGACGAUUAAUUAGAAUAUUUACUCGCAGAAUUUAUGGAAUUAGACAAAUAAAUAUUAAGCGGAUAUGAGGAAUAAAUAAAAGUACAUCCUUCGAAGUAAUUAAAAUGCUGA